CUUGCUUUGUGCGCUUUUUGUGCGGCAAGUGGUGCGGCACGAGUGGUUACGAAGGGGGUUUAGAUUUACCCUUCUCGAAAUCUAUAUAAUUUUGUGAGAAUGUCGGGCGACAGCAAUGAUGAGGGACACGUGAUCCGACUGCGCGGCCUGCCCUGGGCAGCCACUGAGGAGGACAUCAUCCAUUUCUUCGGAGAUGGGGUGAACGUGAAGGGCGGCAAGGCGGGUGUGUUCUUGACGCUGUCACGCGAGGGACGGCCCAGCGGCGAGGCCUACGUCGAGCUCUGCUCCGAGGCAGACUUCGAGGCGGCCAAAAAGAAACACAACUGCACCAUGGGACACCGCUACGUGGAGGUGUUCCGCUCCAAACGGUCCGAGAUGGAGUGGGUGAUGAAGCGCUCCGGGGUGGCGGCCGCCGCCGGCUCGCCGCUGGACGAGGGAUGCCUGCGCCUGCGCGGCCUGCCCUACAGCUGCAGCAAGGAGGAGAUCGCCAACUUCUUCUCCGGGCUGGAGGUGGUCCCCAAUGGCAUUACCAUCCCCCUGGACGGUCAGGGACGCUCCUCGGGCGAGGCCUAUGUCCAGUUUGUGAACAGAGAGGUCGCCGAGCGGGCCAUGGCCAAAAAUAAGGAGAAAAUCGGCCACAGGUACAUUGAGAUAUUCCGCAGCAGUCUGAGCGAGGUGCGCUCGGCCCAGGGCUCGGGCAAGGUGCGGCCGCUGAUGCUGGCGCGGCCCACGCCCUACGACCGCGGCGACCGCGGCGGCGCCGGUCUGGGCCCCGCGGGCGCCGGCUGGGGCGCCGCCGGGGGCGCCGGACUGGCCGGCGGCCCGGGCGCGCGCUUCGGCGGCCCGCCGGCCGGCCGCGGCGGACGCAGGGGGGACGGGGAGGUGGGCACUGGACUGUCCGCCACUGCUAACCGGGACAGGGAGUGGCUGUUUCGGUCCGGAUACUGCCGCGGCUCUGCGCUACUGACCGAUCCCUGUUCGGCAGGCUUCCAGUCGGAGUACGACGACUUCUACGACGGAGGAGGCGGCGGCGGCGGCUGGGGCGGCAACGGAAUGGGCGGCGGAAUGAACAGCGGAAUGGGCGGCGGAAUGGGAGGCGGAAUGGGUGGAGGAAUGAAUAGCGGGAUGGGAGGUGGAAUGGGCGGUGGAAUGGGAGGAGGAAUGGGAGGAGGAAUGAACAGCGGAAUGGGCGGCGGAAUGAACAGCGGAAUGGGCGGCGGAAUGAACAGCGGAAUGGGUGGUGGCGGCGGCGGAAUGAAGGGAAUGGGCGGCGGCGGCGGCGGCGGUGGCUGGAAAUCUCUCUCCGGACACACGGUCCACAUGCGAGGCCUGCCCUACAGAAGCACAGAGUCCGACAUUAUCGAGUUUUUCCGUCCGCUGGUGCCGUUCCACGUCCACAUGUUGUUCGACGACCUGGGCCGUCCUUCGGGACAGGCCAACGUGGACUUCUCCAGCCACGAGGAGGCCGUCAAGGCCAUGGCCAAGGACAAGUCUCACAUGGCGCACCGCUACAUCGAGCUGUUCCUGAACAGCACGCCGGCCGGCAACUACGGCAACAUGGCCGGCUACGGCGGCGGCUUCGGCGGGCACGGCAUGGGAGGCGGCGGACCCGGCAUGGGAGGCGGCGGGCCCGGCAUGGGCGGCGGCGGGCCCGGCAUGGGCGGCGGCGGGCCCGGCAUGGGCGGAGGCGGCCCAGGGAUGGGCGGCGGCGGCGGCGGCGGCCCCGGCCCGGGCCGCGGCGGAUUUGGAGGCUUUGGCGGCGGCGGCGGGGGCGGCGGCAUGGGCGGCUUCAACGGCAACAGCUCGCAGAUGGGCGGCAACAGCUACAACAGCUUCAUGUAGAGGGGGAUUCAGCAGCUUCAUAUAGUCCCCGGAGCCGGGGCCGGUGACCUGACCUGACUGGUGACGUCAGGCAGUGCUGUGGCGCCGCCCUGUUCUGGGGCGUGACCGGAGUUUAAAUGUGGCCGACUGGGCGGUGAGGUGCUUUGGCCACCAGGCCUGUUUCACUGCACGCAGUACGAUGUAGCCCAUUACGUCAGCAGCCCGGGCGGUCCCAUGGUCCCAUUGGCCGCCCAGCACUGGCCAGUCGGUAGCUGGGACGCGGCUGGGGCCAGUUGGUUGCCAGUGAGUUAUCCGGCUCGCCGGACCCCGUGUGUCAGCGCGCCGCCGGCCGGACGGGACAGGACGGGACAGCGGAUUGGGGACGGAGCUGACAAUACUGUAGCGGCCGGUUUGACAGGAGUGUACGGAACGGCGGACCGGGCACGGGGAUAUUACAAUAGUGUAGCGGCCGGCUGGAGGCUCGAAAUCAUGGCGCUGUGUGUCAUUGACACGUGCUGAACCCAAUGUUCAGGCUCUGAUUUGGAGUAGGACGCAUACGACGCAUCAUCCGUGUGAUUUAGAGAUCAACAAAGUAGGGUGUGGAGGGUAUGUCGGUUUCGGGAUCAUUGGAGAGUAUAUACUCAGUGACGGGAACUGGGCCCUUCCCACGGAGAGCCGCGCCGCGCGCCUGUGCCCCGCAGCGUCCAUUGCCGCGGUCCGGGCGGCCCGCUGCCGAUUCCCGCUGUCUCACGGCCGGCGUAGUCACACGGUCUCUCAGACUGUGCAAGUGUGUGUGUGAGUGCGUGUGCUAGUUCGGUUUAGUGUGCUAGCGUCACUUUCAUUGGUUUCGUUCAUAAUUCGCUGUGUGUGCUGGGUGGACCGUCUUCGUGGAGCUUGGAAUACAGUACUGGAGACGUU